CGCUCGCUGUCUUAGGAAGAGGUUGUUGCUGUCGGCAGCCCAAGACCGGUGCAUCUACAGCCAACGGGUCUCCGGCAGUGGCUGCCGUGCAGGUCGGCGACGGGAGGACCCGCGAAAAGACUGAAAACGAGGCCAGUCAUCCAGAAUACCGGGUUUCUCCACGACACCAGCGAUCAGCGCGCUUGCGUUUCUUUCAACUGUCCUUGAUUCGUAAGCGUAAGGUCCACAGGCGCCAUCAUGAGCGAAGAUUGCGAGUCUGUCGACCGCGUGGAGAGUUUGGAGGCGCUGAGCUCCAAAGACGAUGAAGACGACGCGCCAGAACCCAUAGUUUUGAGGCCGGACGAUGAGCAGGAACACUCCGCCUACACCAAGGGCAUCAUAGCGGUCGUGGGUUCACAGGCGAAGCCGCACAUAUGCUACCGCUAUCCGGUCACACCGGUCUACAUCAGGCUCCCUAAGUCCAUCAAGGAGCUUGGAGACAUCUAUAUGCAGAUGGUGAUGCCCGUCGACUUUAAGAGGGUGCACUGGGAGUUCACGCACUCGUCGGACAGGCACCACGUGUGGAACUCGACGGAGAUCACAAGCGUCGGCCACCACAAGGUGCGCGUCACCUUCCAGGACCUGGUGGACGGGAAGGAGGAUAAGUACGAGUGGCACAACUCGGACAUCGGCUCGGUGGCGCCUGUCUUCAAACCGCACAGCGAGCACUUCAUGCAGCUGCACUACGACGACAAGGAAAAGCAGCUUGUGACCUACGUCAACGGUCGCGAGUACAAUAGGCACGACAUGGAUGAAGGAGGCAUCGCCAAUGAGUUCACCCUAUAUGGCAGUGUAUUCAUUCCGGAACUGGUUAUACCGUGUGAAUUUAAGCAACUGCCGCUCACGGUUAACCUAAACGGGGCGGUGGCGUACAACGACACUUACACCAUACGAUUCCACGUGAAACCACCUGGCAAGAAGCUGUCGCUUAACUUCGGCGAGAUAUCGUUCGACAUCGACCUGGAGGAACACAAGGAGCAGCUUCACCGCGCCACGCACGAGGAACUGCAGGUGUCGUCGCACUCGAGCUGCGCCUUCCUCAGCCUGAACCGCAAGAUGGUGGCCAACUCGAUGCGCCGCCUCGUCACGCCCGUCAUGAUCAUCGACGGCGACAUCGAGAUCACCAACCUCCACAUCGGCAAGGGCUAAAAGUUGGCCGGCAACAACGUCGCAAUACUGCUUACUCCUCGGUUCACAUUUCUUGGACACUCAAUUGCUGCUCCAUGCACGGUGGUGGGUGAAUAAAGUCUUUCUUUUUCUUCCGCAUAA